AUUUAACGUAAUAAAGACUGUUAAAUCUUUUACAAUUAUUUAAAUUUGGUGAAAUGGGAUUUACAGACACAUUAAACUAUAUCUUAUUUACCAAUCCAAUUAGUUCUGGGACAUUCUUAUUUCUCAGAGGUACAGCAAACAUGGCUGGUGAUUAUAUAGGUUUACAGCCUAAACAAAAAUUAAAAAUGCCAUCUUCUAAACCUUUAUGGAAAUUAGCUUCAUCUGCAGGACCUUACGUGAAACUUGCUGGACUUAGUGGAGCGGCAGCUGUAGUAUUGGGUGCUUAUGGUGCACAUAAACUUAAUGCAGAAAAACUCCCAGACCAAGCAAGAAUAUUUGAAACAGCUAAUAGAUAUCAUUUUAUACAUACAUUAGCUUUACUUGGCUUACCUCUUAGUAGAAAACCAUCCUUGGUUGCAGUUUUUUUCAUUUGUGGAAUAAUACUGUUCAGUGGUAGUUGUUAUUAUGUUGCUUUUACAAAUGAUAAACGUUUUUCAAGAAUAACGCCGAUCGGUGGUACAUGCUUCAUAUUGGGAUGGUUAUCUCUACUUAUAUAAAUAUAAUAAUAGAAAUAUAUUGUGAUAUGUUUCAAGUGUAAGAUCA